AUGCCCGGCUUGGUCACGGCAACCGGAGUGCUGGGUUUCCUAUCUGAUGAGGAGCCUGAGCUCAAGGUCUUUGCUCUGCAGACCCUCAACGAUGACAUCGACACCGUUUGGACUGAGGUCGCUGGUGCAUUGAGCCAGAUUGAGGCUCUCUACGAGGAAGAAUCCUUCCCCGAGCGCCAGCUGGCGGCUCUGGUUCUCGCCAAGGUCUACUACCACCUCCAGGCCUACAACGAGAGCAUGACCUUUGCCCUGGCCGCCGGUGACCUGUUCAAGCUCGAUGCGCCCGGCGAGUUCGAGGAGACCAUCAUCUCCAAGUGUAUCGACCAGUACAUUGCCAUCUCCUCCUCUGCCCACACCCCGUCCAAGCAUUCCAGGAACGACUCUCUUCCCGCCCUCGAGACCACUUUCGGCGCAGCCCUUCCCGACGGGCCAUCCAUCGUCUCCCCGACCACCCCCUUCUCCCAGUCGGUCCUGCCUUCCAAGUCUCUGCUCUCGCGCGAUUCCAUCGACAACACCAUUCUCGACCCCACCUUCCAGCAGGCGGGCAAGGAGGCGAGGUCAAGCUCCAUCGCGUCCCUGCCUGACAAGAGCUCCGAGUUGGCCCUCCAGCGCGUCAUCGAGCGCCUGUUUGAGGCUUGUCUCAAUGAUGGUCGCUACCGACAGGUCGUGGGCAUUGCCGUCGAGGCUAAGAACCUCUCCGUUCUGAGGAGGGUCAUCAAGCGCGCCAGCGAAGAUGAGAAGCGUUCCAAGGGCAAGUCACAGGACGCAGGUCAGGGGCCUGCCGAGGAGCUCAUGGACUACGCCCUGAGCAUCUGCAUGGACAUCGUUCAGGAGCGCAGCCUGCGCACCGAGAUACUGGGUCUCAUCCUCGAACUGCUCAACGACAUACCAAAUCCGGAUUACUUUGCCAUUGCCAAGUGCGCAGUCUAUCUGGACUCGGACGAGGAGGUGUCCAAGAUGCUGCGCCAGCUCGUGGACAAGGACGACUCGACAUCCACCGCCAACGCGUACCAGAUUGCGUUCGACCUCUACGACAACGGCACGCAGGAGUUUCUGGGCAAGGUCGUUGCCGCGCUGCCAUCUGGCGAGCCUGUGAAGAAGACCGAGCAGCAGGGGGAGGGGGAACCGGCGGCCGCUGAGAGCGAGCCUCUCCUCAAGGAGGAGGAGCAGCCCCAGGAGGAGAUACCCGAGAAACUGGCCAAGGUCUACAAGAAUAUUCGCUCUAUUCUGGAUGGCAGCAAGGGCAUCCAGCUCAAUUUGGAGUUUCUGUACCGAAACAACCAUACCGAUCUCAGCAUAUUGAACAAGGUCCGAGACAGCCUGGAGGCCCGCAACUCUAUCUUCCAUACCGCUGUCACGUUCUGUAAUGCCUUCAUGAACGCAGGAACAACACACGACAAGUUCUUCCGUGACAACCUGGAGUGGCUCGGCAAGGCUGUCAACUGGUCCAAGUUCACUGCCACCGCUGCGCUGGGCGUCAUACAUCGUGGCAACCUCACGCAGUCUCGGAAGCUUCUUGAGCCUUACCUCCCGCGUGGUAGCGGCAUCAACAGUGGCUCCAUCUACAGCCAAGGAGGAGCUCUCUAUGCGUACGGUCUCAUUCACGCCAACCACGGUGCGGAUGCAUUGGAAUACCUCCGUCAUCAGUUCACAGGCGCCGAGCAGGAGGUGAUCCAGCACGGCGGUGCCCUUGGUCUCGGUAUCGCGGGGAUGGCGACCGGCUCCGAGCCCAUCUUCGACAACCUCAAAGACGUCCUCUUUGCUGACUCUGCCCUCAACGGCGAGGCCGUCGGUCUGGCCAUGGGUCUUAUCAUGCUGGGCACCGGCAACGCCAACGCCCUGCAGGUCAUGUACACCUAUGCCCACGACACGACGCACGAGAAGAUUGUCCGCGGCUGUGCGCUCGGCAUGGCCUUGAUCAUGUUCGGCCGCCAAGAAGGUGCCGACGUCAUGAUCGAGGGGCUUCUCCACGAUCCUGAUCCUGCCCUCCGCUACGGCGGUAUCCUGACCAUCGCCAUGGCGUACUGCGGCACCGGCAGCAACAAGGCGAUCCGCAAGCUGCUGCAUACCGCCGUCAGUGACGUUAACGAUGACGUCCGCCGUAUUGCUGUCAUGUCCCUCGGCUUCAUCCUGUUCAGAAAGCCUGCCAGUGUGCCACGGAUGGUUGAGCUGCUCUCCGAGUCGUACAACCCCCAUGUUCGUUACGGCUCUGCCAUGGCUCUUGGUAUCUCUUGCGCUGGUACCGGGCUGGAUGAGGCCAUCGACCUCCUCGAGCCGAUGAUGAAGGACCCGACCGACUUUGUCCGCCAGGGUGCCCUCAUCUCGCUCGCCAUGAUCCUGGUGCAGCAGAACGAGGUGAUGAACCCUCAGGUGGGGGCCAUCCGCAAGACGCUGAAGAAGGUAGUCGGCGAUCGCCAUGAGGAUGCCAUGACCAAGUUUGGCGCGUCUCUUGCCCUGGGUAUCAUUGACGCUGGUGGCCGCAACUGCACGAUUGGUCUGCAGACGCAGACGGGCAACCUGAACAUGCCAGCUAUUGUGGGCAUGGCUGUCUUCACGCAGUACUGGUACUGGUUCCCCUUCACCCACUUCUUGUCUCUGGCUUUUGUUCCCACCUCCGUCAUCGGUUUGGAUCAUGAGCUGGAGAUUCCUAGCUUCAAGUUCCACUGUGCGACGAGGCCGAGCCUCUUCGAAUACCCCCCAGAACAAGAGGUCAAGGCCGAGGAGGGCCCAACUCUGGUCACUGCGGCGGUUCUGUCCACUACGGCCCAGGCCAAGAGGCGUGCCCAAAAGAAGGAAAAGGCAGCCAGGCGCGAGAGCAUGGACAUUGACACCCCCACAGCCACCAAGACCCUGGCUUCUUCAGACAAGAUGGACAUCGAUGAGGACAAGAACAAGAAGACAGCCGAAGAGUCCCAGGAGAAGAAGGAAGGUGAAGGCGGAAAGGAGGCCUCGGCAACGCCCGACCCCAAGAAGAAGACCGAGAAGGAGAAGGUCGGCUUCGAGAUUGAGAACAUGUCGCGUGUCCUCCCUGGCCAGCUGAAGUACAUCAGCUUCCCGGCAGGACGGUACAAGCCCGUCAAAAAGCCUACUGGUGGACCACUCUUGCUUCAGGACACUCAGCCGCAGGAGCCCAAGGCCUUGAUCGAGGAGAAGUUGAAGAAGGUCACGACGGAGAAGGCACCCCUUGCCAACCAGGCGACUGGUGGUGCUGGCAGUGCCAGCCGGCUGGGUCUUCGCCAACCACUCACAGCGCCAGAGGUUGGCGAUGACGCUCUUGCCGAUGCCCUUCGCGCAGCCAUGCGUGAUGGUGCAGGCGGCGGGGUGGCGCUGAACGAGAUGCUGCGGCAGUCUGUCCAAGCCCGUGGCAUUGGCAUUUUGCCUGGCGGCGGCGACAGCGGUAUUGGUGCGCGAGCCGCGGCAGGCGUGCUGACGGCCCUGGAUGAGGACGAGGAGGGUGCCGAGGAGGCGCAAGUUCCGGGUGAAUUUGAAUAUUUCACCGAUAAUGAUGAGGAGGAGGAGGAGCUGUAAGAUCUGGUCUGCCGAGCCCUUGUACAAUAUUACUAUAGAAGAUGGUAGGGCGGGCGGCAUCAACGUCAACAUAGACCUUGAGCUGUAUCAAAAGAGGGACUGUAUUUAUGCGCUCAGGAAUCCGACACGUAAAACUAGUCUAUUGAUGCUUACUCAAGU